GUCGCCAUCUUGGAUCCGCGGGACAAGAAAAUUCAUGCGAUAAGAAACAACAGAUUGGAAAAGAGGAUGGUGAAAAAGACAUAUAUCCAUCACUUCCUUGAGUCCUUUCUUACAGUUUUGCUUCUUAAUGACCUACGUAUGGUAAACUAGGUAACCAGCAUCUUAGUACUGUGAGGAAAGGACACGACUCUAUGGUGAGGACUGAUGGACAUACAUUAUCUGAGAAAAGAAACUACCAGGUGACAAACAGCAUGUUUGGUGCUUCAAGAAAGAAGUUUGUAGAGGGGGUCGACGGUGACUACCAUGAUGAAAACAUGUACUACAGCCAGUCUUCUAUGUUUCCACAUCGGUCAGAAAAAGAUAUGCUGGCAUCACCAUCUACAUCAGGUCAGCUGUCUCAGUUUGGGGCAAGUUUAUACGGGCAACAAAGUGCACUAGGCCUUCCAAUGAGGGGGAUGAGCAACAAUACCCCUCAGUUAAAUCGCAGCUUAUCACAAGGCACUCAGUUACCGAGCCACGUCACGCCAACAACAGGGGUACCAACAAUGUCACUUCACACGCCUCCAUCUCCAAGCAGGGGUAUUUUGCCUAUGAAUCCUAGGAAUAUGAUGAACCACUCCCAGGUUGGUCAGGGCAUUGGAAUUCCUAGCAGGACAAAUAGCAUGAGCAGUUCAGGGUUAGGUAGCCCCAACAGAAGCUCGCCAAGCAUAAUAUGUAUGCCAAAGCAGCAGCCUUCUCGACAGCCUUUUACUGUGAACAGUAUGUCUGGAUUUGGAAUGAACAGGAAUCAGGCAUUUGGAAUGAAUAACUCCUUAUCAAGUAACAUUUUUAAUGGAACAGAUGGAAGUGAAAAUGUGACAGGAUUGGACCUUUCAGAUUUUCCAGCAUUAGCAGACCGAAACAGAAGGGAAGGAAGUGGUAACCCAACUCCAUUAAUAAACCCCUUGGCUGGAAGAGCUCCUUAUGUUGGAAUGGUAACAAAACCAGCAAAUGAGCAAUCCCAGGACUUCUCAAUACACAACGAAGAUUUUCCAGCAUUACCUGGUUCCAGUUACAAAGAUCCAACAUCAAGUAAUGAUGACAGUAAAUCUAAUUUGAAUACAUCUGGCAAGACAACUUCAAGUACAGAUGGACCCAAAUUCCCCGGAGAUAAAAGUUCAACAACACAAAAUAAUAACCAGCAGAAGAAAGGGAUCCAGGUGUUACCUGAUGGUCGGGUUACUAACAUUCCUCAAGGGAUGGUGACGGACCAAUUUGGGAUGAUUGGCCUAUUAACAUUUAUCAGAGCAGCAGAGACAGACCCAGGAAUGGUACAUCUUGCAUUAGGAAGUGAUUUAACAACAUUAGGCCUCAAUCUGAAUUCUCCUGAAAAUCUCUACCCCAAAUUCGCAUCGCCCUGGGCAUCUUCACCUUGUCGACCUCAAGAUAUAGACUUCCAUGUUCCAUCUGAAUACUUAACGAACAUUCACAUUAGGGAUAAGCUGGCUGCAAUAAAACUUGGCCGAUACGGAGAAGACCUUCUCUUCUAUCUCUAUUACAUGAAUGGAGGAGACGUAUUACAACUUUUAGCUGCAGUAGAGCUUUUUAACCGUGAUUGGAGAUACCACAAAGAAGAACGAGUAUGGAUUACCAGGGCACCAGGCAUGGAGCCAACAAUGAAAACCAAUACAUAUGAGAGGGGAACAUAUUACUUCUUUGACUGUCUUAACUGGAGGAAAGUAGCUAAGGAGUUCCAUCUGGAAUAUGACAAAUUAGAAGAACGACCUCACCUGCCAUCCACCUUCAACUACAACCCUGCUCAGCAAGCCUUCUAAAAA